UUCGAAUUUCUAUAUAUUAGACAAAUAAUAUGUGAUCAAUUAUAUAAUAGCGUUAUAGAAAUUCGGUAUUUCAGUACAAAAGACUACAAAGUAAGCGAAAAAUGCCAAAUGCCAAUUUAUAUGCGUUUAGCCGAACAAUUAUGUCCACACACAUGCGCAAUGUGUUGCAAAACAAGAAAGUUCAACUGCAGAAAUGGUUUUGAUGUUGCACAAUGCGAAAAUUUCUCGCAAGAAAUGUGCAGAAUGCCUUCUCUCACUAAAAUAGCGUUAGAAUUUUGCCCACAUACAUGCGGACUUUGUGAUCUCCCUGGUGCUGGUGGUGAAUGUCCGGACAGCAUUGAUGGAUGCGAAAGUUUGAGGGGAUUUUGUCAACUUGAUUCGAUUAGAAAUAUUUGCCAGAGAACCUGUUUUUCACGCGCUUGUCUUCAAAACCUCAGAAGUGAGUUGCAAAAAUAUACUUCACAGUCUAGUGGCUGCGCUGAUGCACACGUUGACUGCCCGUUAUAUCGGCAUCUUUGUAGUAUCGGUGAUUAUGGAAUUGUGAUGAGAACACAAUGUAGGCGAACUUGUGGCCAUUGCUAA